AUGCCGAUUGGUAAGCAACCUUCUACCAAUUUUGCAAAAGGCAAGUACUUCUCAAAGUUUCCUGCUUUCUUUCAUCCAUACAUCGAUGACAUUGUUGAUGUUGAACCGGAUGGAAAUUGUGGUUUCCGUUGUAUUUCAUCUAUAUUUGGAUGGGAGGAAGAUGCAUGUUAUGAUGUUCGGAGACAGUUGCAUACUCAAAUCCAGCAACACGAAGAUUUAUUUUCCAAGUUGUUAUAUGACACUGUCUGUGAUGUUAGUAAUUCAUUACUCGUAAAACACUUGGGUGUUCAGAGUAAGGAGAAAUGGAUGUCGAUUCCAGAUAUGGGUUACCCUGUUACUUCUAGAUACAAUGUUGUAUUUGUUUCUCUUUCCAUGUUGAUGAACAUAACAUUUUUCCCACUUCUCAUAGCUCUACUACCAUACACGAGUCGACGUGCAAUCAUUGUUGUUGGUUUUGUCAACCGUAAUCAUUGGAUUCAUGUAAAGUUGAGACUUGAUCUUCCACUGCCUCCCUUCACUGAUUGUUGGAGGAAGAAUUGUUCUAAUAAUGCAAAAGUGUGA